AUGGCGUUGCGAGACCGUUCGAUCAACAUGAUACGCGACUAUAGUAGUAGCAGUAAUAUCAGCGGCAACGGUAUUUCAAUGCACAGAGGGCGUUUCAUUUCGAUGACGUCAUUAAUGCAAAAGAAUCUGGUGGGAUUUAAAUUGGCAGACAUUGGCGAAGGAAUCCGUGAAGUCACUAUGAAGGAAUGGUUCGUAGAGCCUGGAGAUAAGGUAUCGCAAUUUGAUAAAAUUUGUGAAGUGCAAAGUGACAAAGCCUCUGCAACUAUUACAAGCCGGUAUGAUGGUGUUGUAAGGACAUUGUAUUAUAAAGUAGAUGAGACCUGCCUCGUAGGAAGUACACUGGUCGAUAUCGAACUUGAGGAACAGCAAGAUGAUCCUGCUCAGAAUAAAGAAGUCAAAUCAAUGAUAGAACCAAGUGAGAUAGAAAUUGCCUCUUUACCUAAAGAAUUAAAAUCCCUUAAUGAAAAAGCUCUAAGUACUCCAGCAGUAAGGAAGAUAGCUAAAGAAAACAAUGUAAACUUGGCCGAUGUGCCAGCAUCGGGUAAGGAUGGUCGCGUUCUCAAAGAAGACGUAUUGGCAUAUUUAGUUAAAAUUGCCAAUAAAACUGAGACUGAAGAAGUUUCCGUAGCAAAAGUAGAUCAAAGUAUAGAACAAUUGUCUAAGGCAUUAUCAUCAAAGAAGUAUGUGAAACAUAUGUGGAAAUCAAUGACACAAUCGUUGGCGAUUCCUCAUUUUGUGUAUAGCGACGAAUGUGAUGUCUCCAAACUAAUAAAACUGCGUAAUCAAGUAAAGGAAGCUUUUAACAAGCAGGGCCUCGGCCUUUCUUAUAUGCCAUUUUUUAUAAAAGCAAUAUCCCAAGCUUUGCUUCAAUUUCCAAUAUUAAAUGCAUUAAUCAAUACCGAGACUGAGUCUCUAGAUAUUAAACAAGAGCAUAACAUUUCUCUUGCCAUGGAUACUCCCGAUGGCUUAAUUGUUCCUAAUAUAAAGAAUGUUCAAAAAUUAAAUAUAUUUGAAAUCACUAAAGAACUUAAUAGACUACAAGAACUUGGAAAAAAAUCAUCGAUUAGUCCAACUGAUCUCACUGGUGGUACUUUCUCAAUUUCUAAUAUUGGCAUUAUUGGAGGAACAUAUACCAAACCAAUUAUAUUGGCACCUCAGAUUGUAAUUGGUGCUUUUGGAAAAAUUCAAAAGCUACCUAGAUUUGAUGAACAUAAUAAUGUUAUUGCCACGAAUAUAUUAACAGUCAGUUGGGCAGCAGAUCACCGAGUUGUUGAUGGCGUAACAAUAGCCAAAUUCUCAAAUUUAUGGAAACAUUAUGUGGAGAACCCAUCCUUUUUAUUAAUAGGGAUUUAAAUAAAAAUAGAUUUUUUUUUUUUUU